AUGGCCGACAUUAUGGAGGAAGACCCAUCGUCUGGGCUACAAUCUUCGGAGGAAGAGGAGAUUCCCGUGGAGUCAUUGGUCAAAGGACGGGCGAAACGAAGUACCGCAGGAUUGCAUAUGUCUGCCCUUCUUGAGGCCGCUGCCGAUGAUGACUUGGCGCUUCUCUUUGAGGAAGUCGAAGACGAUAAUGAGUUUGCGGAUGUGGCAGAUCCCGACGCAGAGGAUGAAUUGCUUGAAUCGUCGGACGAGGAUGAAGAUCAAGGACCGAACGCUCAGAACGACUACGAGGGCGAACAGAAACUACAAAAAGACGAGCGCAAGAAGCGGAGAGCCCAGAAUGACCUCCGAUUCCAAACAUUGCGCAAACGAGUCAAGGUCGAUCCGACUGCCCCGUCCUCCAUGUCCGCCGCUCCCCGUCCGAAGAAAAAGUCAGAGCGCAUCUCGUGGAUCCCCACCGUGGAGGAUGGGCCUACUCGUCAAUCAUCGCGCCGACAGACCAUGGUUAAUAAGGAGCUUACGCAUGCUCGUCUCAAGGACAGCCAGGAAAAACGAGUCCGGAUCAUCGCUACAAUGAAGGAGGCAGAGAAGCGGAAGGCCCAUUUGAAACCGAAAGAGAUGACCCAGGAAGAUCAUCUUGCUGAGGCUGCGAGAGUGGAACGGCUUAAUAGCAAAAGUCUAAAUCGCUGGGAGCUGUCUGAAAAAAGAAAAGCAGACGAAAGACGAGCGAGGAUUGAGGCACUACAAAAUCGCCGUCUUGAUGGUCCAGUGAUUUCCUACUGGAGUGGUGUGGCUACAUGGACUAACGGGCGUCUCACGCGAGUGGGUAAAAUUGAUAUCAAACCCAAGGCAGAUAAAGAAGAAUCGAAGAAGAAAAAGAAAGAGAAGGAAGAGAAAGAAAAGGUCAUGGGGUCUGCAACCAUCGUUGGAUCUGCCCCUGCAUCUACCCCGGGAACAUCGCAACCACCACCAGAUCCCCGUGCAGUCGAUAUCACUGGUCCAGCAAAUCCCGCUCUACCUCCUCCCACCUUCACAUUAGAACAAAACGCGCCUGACACUAAGCCACCCGAAACUGCUACAGCUCUGACUGCAGAAAAUACAGACACACCCGUAGUGUCUUCCGGGGCAGAUGUCAGCCAGCCAGGUGCAAACUCUUCAGAGACGAAGCCAAUCGCCACCCCUUCCGAGCAGGGCAAAAACAAUGCCGUAGAAAGCAAAGCUCCAGAGAUUGGCACAAAUACACCAGUACCACCCUCUGACCAAGAUAAACCCAUCACUGCUGAAAGGCAAUGGUUGGAGUCUAAACCUUCGGAGAGAAAGACGUUUGCUGUGGAAAUCCCAGCAUCUCGCCAUGCAUUAGAUUCUGCGGGGAAUGGCUCUACUCAAAAAUUGCCUGAGCCCCCCACCAAAAACGACGAUCCUAUGGAUAUUGAUCAACCUCCAGCGGCUGCAGCGGGUGCAGGUUCUGCCAAGAUUAACCAAAAAGUUCCAGAAUCAGCGGACAAGGCAAGUUUGGCCACUCUGCACGUUGCUGGUGCCCAACCGACUUCAGUGGAGGCCCCUGUAUCACACGCCGGUACAACAGGAAAAGAACCGCCGGUAGUGGACGAGUCUCGGCCAGUUGGAUCGGCCAUGGCUAUCAGCCUUAGAAUUGCAUUGGCCCCUAAAGCCUCCUCGGCCACUGCAGCACCUAGUCAAGCCACGGUGCCCGAAAAUGCUCCAGCUCAGAGCCUAAACCAACAUUCCACAUUACAGUCCGAAUCACAAUUAUCAAAUGGAGUUGUGAAGGAACCAGCACAAGCAGAGAUUCCAGAACCCCCUUCAGUGAUCGAGCAUACAGGACGUACUCUUACGAUCUUGGAAAACUUUGAUUAUGCGACCGCCAAUAAUCGCAAAUACAGCAUGUACUUCAACGCCAAAAAGCCUGCUCGUUUGACAAAAAUCUCGUCAUCACUUUGUGUCAUCACCUCAUUGCCUUCGCGUUACCGCGAUCCAGACACCGCUCUUCCUUACGCCAAUUCAUACGCUUAUGGCCAAAUCCGCCGUUUGUUAUCGGAGGGGUAUAUCUGGAGCUCGAUGCUUGGGUGCUUUGUCGGCCCGGCUGAGGCUGCCCGUGGAGUGCCCGAGCGAUUUACAGGCAAGCCGGGUCCUGGUACAGUAAAACUACAGAUCGACAGGGAUGAGGACCCGGCCGAGUCGAUUACAGGAAAGAGGAUCGACAAAAUGGCUCUCAACGGCGAUAUUCCUUCGACGCCCACCCCAGCGGGGGCUCGAGCAGUGCCUGCAGGGGAGCCAAUGGAGAUUGAUAAAGCAUGA